UAAUUAAGCGUCGAGAUUGAACUGAAAGUUGACGUAAAAUAUUUCAUUUAUGAAGGAAACGUCACGAAGAAUGUUUUUAUUAAUUAUUUUAUUCGCGUUAAAUUUUCAUAGUUCGACGAGAGCAGUGGAAACAACGAAAUAUGACACCAUGGUGGUACAGCCUUUGGCAACGAUGACUCCUUCAACAACCAUGAAUGACGUUACGACAUCAAAAUCAACGACGCCCGUGUAUUUAAAUAUUGCUCAAAAUACAAAAUCAACUUCGAAACUCAAAUACAAGAAACGUACACGUAACACCAGCGAUAAUGAUUAUAAUAAAUCAGAGUUACCAUUUAAUAAAUCCGAUGAACGAGAUCAAAUAAAAGAUUAUAAAAUAACCGACGCCGAACUGCUUGAUACCAUUUACGAAAUGAUUCUUAAAAAUAGAAAUGUUGAAGAUGAUUUAGUAACCAGCCAGUGUCCGUACAGAACGAGUGAUCAUAAAACUAAUAAUAACAUUAAUUAUAAAAAUAAGCAUAAUAUACAUAAAGAAAACUUAUAUGUAAAUGAUUAUGACGCUAAUGUAAAUAAUGAUUAUCCAUAUCAAGGUUUUAAUAAGCACGCGAACCCAAUAAAGGUACCGUUGGAAGCAGUACAGUCACCCGAAAAUGGCGUAUUGGGGAGAAUGUACUUCCGUUUCGCCCCUAUCUACAAUAAGAAACGUAAAAAUGGACGCCUUUAAAUGUCGUAAAUAAAUUUAAACAUUAUAUAA